AUGGAGUACCCGACCGUUUGCAAAAUAUGUAAACAGCAAUUCUCGAGAAGAGGCCUUUUUACGGUCUUGGAGUGCGAUGAGUGCCAGGCUGCGAAGGCCAUAGAGGAAACUCCUUCCUCACCACUCUUUGGACCGCGACCCAUUAGGGUGAGCAAACCCACCGCAGGGUUUGGCGGUAAACGCCAACACUCUCAGCAGUCGAGCAAGUAUCCUUGGGGUACACCCCUAGGACCCCAACCCCUUAAAGAGGCGAGUGGAGGUGGUCCCCAAACUGACCCUCAGCAGAUGACAGGGCUCUUUGGGUCUAAGAUCGAACUCGAGGCAAAUCACCCCACGCUUAGCCCUAAGCCUAAGCCAGACCAUCCGCAGGUGACAGGGCUCUUUGGGUCCAAUAUCGAACUCGAGGCAACCCACUCCACGUUUAGCCCUAAGCCUAAGCCAGACUAUCCGCAGAUUUCGUGCGGUCUCUUUGGUUGCAAUGCCGGAUGUGCCCGAGGCCAAUGUUCUCAGUGGCGAGGCGGUGCCUUUACCGCCGGGUCAAACUCGCAGCAGCAACUGAGGAAUGCUUCCCUGGGCGGGGUCUCUGGACCACAAAGCUCAUCACAACCUGUUACACCUACAGUCUCAAAUCCUUCACAAACAGGGGGAUUAUUUUUACCCUCAGGGCCAGGACUCCCUAGAGCUGCGUUGGUAGACUUAAAACCCUUCGAAUUCCUGAAGGCGGAGAAUAUGAUGCGAAUGGGGAUAGAGAUAGCAAAUCGCAGACAAGAUGAAGUUGAAGCAAGACAAAGACGGUCCUCAUUCACUUUUGGGAACCAGUCUUAUGAAGCUCCAAAUCCCGAAGCAAUCAUAAAAUGGAGCUACGACGUCGAGGCGGAAUUUUCCCAACUCGCGUCUUCGUGGCUGGAGUCUUCGUGCAAGAUGCGGGGCUUUUUGAAGAGAAUGGAUCAAAGUAUCCAGGAUGGUAGACCAUUUUCGGCUGCGUCACAGAAUGCCCCCUCCCACGAAUAG